AGCAAACCGAGCCUUCCUGCCCAGCCAUGCGCCUCAUCCUCGGGAGCCUGAUGCUCCACUGCCUGCUGGGGGCUGCCGUGCCAGGACCCCCCCAGGAACCAGCGCUGCAGGAACUCUGGACUCUCCUGUCGGGCAGCCGCGAGGGCGUUCUGCCCCGUCGCUCCGUGGAUGCCCUGUUAAAUAUCGCAAGGUCCCGGGUGCAGUGCUCCGCGGUGCCGUGUGAAAAGUGCCUCUCGUCGGCCAACGUCUUCGAACUGGUAGGGAAGACCGCCUCCGGAGAGGUCAACCUGACGUCCGCGGAGCUGCUGACCUUCUCGGCAGGGCUGGUCUUCUACUUCUCUGACCCCGCGGAUGCCUGCGAGGCCAUGGCCAAGAAACGGUGGGUGGCUGAGGUCCACGAUUUCCAAAACAAGUUCUUCAACGGGAGCCCUUUGGCCGGACCCAACCGGGAGAAAGUUGCCCGGCAAAUGCUUCUCAUCCAGAAGAACGCCAAGUCCAUCAAGAAAGAGGAGCCCUGUGCAGAAAUGGACGAGAUCCUUAAUCGCAGCGCCUCUGUUACCCCCCGCGUGGCGUCGAAACCAGCCAGGCAGGUGUUGGCAUUCCUCUCCUAUCACGUCUUACGAGGAGGCUGCUUCCGUGCGCUGCCCCACCAACACUACUUUUUGGACUACAUUUUCCAACACUACAGCAACGCGACUCACAACCUCACACUGGCAGGGUUGACCAAACUAAUGGUACAGUUGGAGGUCGGUCCUGGGAGAAAAGAUGGCGGCCAUGACCAUGGCCAUGACCACGAUGGCCAUGACCACACACACGAUGGCCAUGACCACGAUGGCCAUGACCACACACACGAUGGCCAUGACCACAGCGACCAUGGACACGAUGGACACACACACGAUGACCAUGACCAUGAUCAUAAAAAUGCCACACAUGGUGGCCAUGAUCAUGACGAUCACUCGGACCACCACCAUGGCAACGAAACAGGCCACCACCAUGGCAACGAAACAGGCCACCACCAUGGCAACGAAACAGGCCACCACCAUGGCAACGAAACAGCCCAUCACCACAUGGAGCCCCAUGGAAACAGAAGUUCUCCGGUGCGCUCAAAACGAAGUCCUGCAGAAGUCCAGGAACAACAUGACGUCCACCAGAACAUCUGGGACACGGUCUGUCUCAGCCCCGCUGAUAUCUUCAAGAUUUACGAGAUUGACGAUGCCGUCGGAAUCAGCCGCCCGGAUUUCACCCGCCUGAGCCCAGCCCUGGUGCAGCAGAAGCUCAGCAAGGCCUGCACGGCCCCCCGGAAGGUUCCAGAAGAAGGGCGCCUCACCACGGCCGAGAAGUACAUCUACGGCUCCCUGGCCACCCUGGUGGUGUGCGUGUGCGCCCUUUUCGGCAUUGUGGUUCUGCUCUGCACCACUUGCAUCGGUGCCUACCAGUAUGUCAUCCAAACCUUCGUCAGCCUGGCUGUCGGAUCACUCACGGGGGACGCCAUGCUGCACCUCAUCCCCAAGUUCUUGGGCCUCCAUUCCCACGCCCACACCGAGGGCGACGCGCACCUCCACCAUGGGCCCGAGGCCAAUGACAAACUCUGGAAGCUCCUGGCCGUGCUGGGGGGUCUCUACCUCUUCUUCCUCUUGGAGAAAUUCUUCACCCUCCUGGGACAUUCGCACGAGGAGGAGCCCUUGGAGCCCAGCCAGGGCCACCAGUGCGACCACGGACUCUCCCUGCAGCUCUACCAGGAUGAGAUGAAGAGGAGGAAGCAAGAGAAAGGGGCUUCCAAUGCUGACCUGAUGUCGGUGGAAGACACGGAUUUUGGCCGGCAGGUGCCAAAGGCGGAGCUCAGCCGGGAACUCCGCAUGCUGCCCUACAUGAUCACCAUUGGGGACGCCAUCCACAACUUCGCCGACGGCCUGGCCAUGGGCGCUGCCUUCUCCUCCUCCUGGAAGACCGGCCUGGCCACCUCCCUGGCCGUCCUCUGCCACGAACUGCCCCACGAGCUAGGAGACUUCGCAGCUCUGCUCCACGCCGGCCUGAGCGUCAAGCGGGCGCUGCUGCUCAACUUCGUGAGCGCCCUCACGGCCUUCGUCGGCCUCUACAUCGCCCUGUCGGUCAGCACCGGGGAGGAAUUCGAGGCCUGGAUCUUCACGGUGGCCACGGGCCUCUUCCUCUACGUGGCCCUGUGCGAUAUGCUUCCGGCCUUGAUGAAUGUGAAGGACAAGCGUCCCUGGCUGCUCUUUGCCUUGCAGAACCUGGGCCUUCUGGCCGGCUGGGCCAUCCUCCUGCUGCUCUCCCUCUUCGAGGACAACAUCACCAUUUAACGGCACAGCUCCUGCGGGUCAGCACCGGGCGCCCCUCGCCACUCUCCCGGCAGGCACAGCUGAGUCACGGACAUGAAAGGGGGAUUUUUUUUGUGGGGAGGGGGCAGGUCCAGACCCAGGGCUCAGCUGUCGGGGGAGGCAUCCAGGGACUCCUGCCAGGCUGCCCACCUCACCUUUUCUCCCCGUUGCCAAAAAUCCCUCCGUCGACUCUCAGGCUUGGCCGGAAAGAAGGGAGCCACGCGGCCACCUGAAGAGCAGUUAACUCCUGCAGCAGCCGCAGCCUGAAAUGGAAGCUUGGCCCAGGGUUCAAAUGUCCUCCACCUGGCUGUCUGAAUCAGCGGGCACUGGGUCAUCCUCUUGGGCCAUGCCCAGUUUCCCCCUCACCAGUUUCAAUGUUGGCACCAGCCUUGGACGGAUGUUUAUCCUGCCUUCACCUUCUAUUUAUUGUAUUUAUUAAACUCUUAUUCAUGUUCA